CUCCCAAUCUAUCGUCGUUUUGUAUCCCGAGGAUGAGUUUCAAUCAAGUUCCCGUUUGAUUCAUUCAUUGAUCUUAAUCAAAAUUGUUUCUUGAUUUGUGAGUGAAUUUAGGGUUUGUGAGAUGGCUUCCAGUAUUUUGAAGAACCUCGUUAAAUUUUCAUCAUCGACGGCAACCACCACCACCACCAGAAGUUUCAGCCUCGUAACCACUCAAAUCAGCAACCACACGGCCAAGUGGAUGCAGGAUUUCUGUUGGCACAGGAUUUCUGUUGAGGAUGGAAGCUUAAUGAAUGUUUGGGAUACCAGCAAGAAAUCCCCAAUGGAGCUGAUCAAUGAAGUACCACCUAUUAAGGUCGAAGGCAGGAUAGUUGCUUGUGAAGGAGAUACUGAUCCCGCCCUUGGACACCCAAUUGAAUAUAUAUGCCUUGACUUGGCCAAGCCAGCUGUAUGCAAAUAUUGCGGACUACGAUAUGUUCAGGAUCACCACCAUUAGGGCAUGCUGUCUACAAGUCAUUGUUGUGUAUGAAUUGCUGCUGAACAUCAUUUAUUUGUUUUUGGUUACAAUGUUCUGACUAAAUCAUAUGAUGUAACAAAUGUACUUGUCUGUUACAAUUUGCUAAAUAAGAAUAUUACAAAAUUGUUGUGUUGCCAUCUGAUACUAUUGAUGGGGGAUCUUACAUUGUUGUGUAUGGAGAGCCUGUAAUUUGGCUAAUCAUUGAGCUAUAUUUUUAUAUUAGUA